AUGAAGUACUCUGCUGCCGUCCUCUCGCUCGCCGCUGUGGUUGCCGCCCAGCCCGCAUUCACCAACCUGUCCUUUGACGUCAAAGAGGGCGAGCCCUUCACCCUCGAGUUCACCGGCUGUGACGAGGGCUGCACCAUCAACCUCAAGGACGGCCCCAGCGGUGACCUCAAGACCGUCGAGCAGCUGACCGACUCUGCUACCGGCGGAUCCUUCACCUUCACCCCCGAGAACCUCCCCACCGGCACCUACGCCUUUGAGAUCGUCGACGCACAGGGCGAGGACAACUACUCGGAGCAGUUCGACUACGAGGGUGUCGCCGCCGCCCCGACCUCCACCGUGGUCACCAAGACCACCGAGGUCGUCAAGACGCUCACCACCUCGACCAUGACCUCCACCACCGAGGAGGAGACCACCACGUCCACCUCGGCCGCCGUCACCACCGUCACCACCCCCGUGACCACCGUCACUCAGACCUCGACCACGAGCGACAUGACUACCCCCACUGAGGAGGCCACCCAGUCCGAGACGAGCGCCGGUGCCUCGCCCACCGAGAUCCCCGACGGUGGCAGCGCCGCCGCUGGCCUCGCCGCCCCUGGCACCCUUCUCUUCGCCGCCAUCGCUGGCCUCCUCAUGUUCAACUGA